AUGGCGAGGAAACGAGAUCCUGUCUUCUUUUCCACCAGCCCGUUGGAUGACUUGGAGCAACCCAAGAUCGAGCCGAUGAACUCAACGGCGGGGGAACAGUGGGAGUUUGACGGAGUCUCCGAGGAUGGCACGCAAGCAUUCGUGUUUGGAUUCUACCGGGAUCCCAAUUUCUCCUUUUUCGGGGCCGGUAACCUACGGGUGUACACCGAGUUUGUGUUUGCCAAUGGGUCUCGUUAUGCGAUAGUGGACUACGCCGAGGAGUCGAUCAUCGAGUCUUGUCCGCACCGAGGAACGCGUGGGACUUGGAAAGCCGACAACUGGUCUUAUAUGUUUGAGAUCUCAGCCGAUAUGUCGCAGACGAAGCUUACCGUUGACAACCCAGAGGCUCAUAUCACGAUUUCGAUGGUGUCCAUUACGCCUCCACGAUACGCCGAUGGCAGCACCUGGCCCUCUGCCAAUACGAGUUUGUUGACGGUGCCUCACUUUUAUUGGGCUGAGCCUAUCCCUGUGGCGGAGGUGGCCGUCGACGCAGUAAUCCACGGGGAGACGGUAUCUUGGUCGGGAAUGGGCGGGCAUGAACGUCUGUGGGGAGCUUUCAACUGGUUCACAUGCCUCAACAGCCUCCUAGUAGCUCGGCUACGGGCCGGGCCAUUCGCACUUUCGUUUUUGGAAUUCGGAUCAGGGCGACAGGAGGGCCUUCUUGUUCCGUCUAUUAUUCUAACCGAGGACGGGAAGCACAUAUUCGGAACUCAGAGAACCAAGAGGUCAGACACGGAGGACUAUAUACGGGUUCGCAAGUUGUACGGGGGCCAGGGCAUCACCACUGAGGCUCUCGCGGACAAAGUUACAGGGUUAGAGCUUAUAUCAACGUCCCCGAGACGCAACGAACAGUGGGAGUUCGUUAUCACGCACAAGAGCCUAGCAUUUGAGUACAACCUUGGGAGUGGCCGAGGAGGUAGUGCUUAUGCCGGCAUCGUGGUGGGCGGGCUUGUCGGAAGGACUACGUUCUUGGGGCCGGCAUUUUCUGAAGUGAUGAGAUUCCCGGCGCGGUCUAUGCUCUUGAGCAAAAACUUUGUCCAUUAA